CUGACCUGUGGCAGAUAUUGGAAGGGGAAGGAGCCUCCUAUAAAACAGCCCAUGCAGAGCAGCCCAACCCACAGAGCUUUGUUCAGAUCAGCCUUGUAGAAGGAGCCUCAUCACCACCAUGAACUUCUCCGGCAAAUACCAAGUGCAGAGCCAGGAAAACUUUGAGUCCUUCAUGAAGGCAGUCGGUCUUCCUGAUGACCUCAUCCAGAAGGGGAAGGACGUCAAGGGGAUGUCGGAAAUUGUGCAGAAUGGGAAGCACUUCAAGCUCACCAUCACCACUGGGUCCAAAGUGAUUCACAAUGAGUUCACCCUUGGGGAAGAGUGUGAGCUAGAGACCAUGACUGGUGAGAAGGUCAAGGCAGUGGUUCAUAUGGAAGGUGAUAAUAAACUGGUGACAACUUUCAAAGGCAUCAAGUCAGUGACCGAACUCAACGGUGACAUAAUCACCAGUACCAUGACAUUGGGUGACAUUGUCUUCAAGAGAGUCAGCAAGAGAAUUUAGACAAGUCUGCAUUUCAUUCUUUUACUGUGUAAAAAUAAUAUAAUAAAGUGAACUUUGUUUUAAAAA